AUGGCAAACCCGAUGCCCUGUCACGGACUACGCACUGCUGGAGAGUCCGAGAGUACAACCAACAUCAACGAGACCAUCUUACACAAAGGCCAUUUUUUAGCAUCCUUUCCGUCCAUGUGGGAGAGACUCCGGUACCAUAGCGCCCCUGAGAGAAUUCCCGCUCCUCGUUUCUGCACACGAAGGGAUGGGUUGCUCUACCUCCGCCGCAAGAUCUACGUGCCUCCUCCUGUACAUCAAGAGAUACUCCGACUUCAUCACUGUACGUUGGCUGCAGGACACGGAGGCGCACAAAAGACGGAAGAGGAGCUAAUUCAGUGCCUCUUUUGGUGGCCGGCUAUGUGUAAGCAGAUCAUCGCCUAUGUUUCAGCCUGCCAGAAACUCAGUCCUCGUUUCAUCGGUCCUUUUCCCGUCCUGGAGAUGGUUGGUAUUGCUACGGUCCGUCUCCAGCUAUCCAAUUCAUAUCGCAUCCACCCUGUCUUCCAUAUCUCGUCAGACCGUCUUCCUCCUCCUCCUGUGGAGAUUGCAGGGGAGACAGAGGUGCAGCAGAUUUUUGAUUCCCGAGAACGGCCGCUUGGAAUACCUUAUUCAUUGAAAAGGCUACGGGGUAGCGGAUCGUUCCUGGGAGCCGUCAUUGUCUUCUUUAUUCCAGACAGUGAAAACUGCCAGACAUGCCUAGAUAACGAAUGGCCUGACGAGAAAAAAGUAAAGUGUAUUCCUAAGACUUACGACUUCCUGUCAUACAAAGACGAUAUAAUGGUUCCAGUUUUUUUCUUUAUCAGCGUUUUUUUUUUAAUCUUGAGUUUCUUUGUAUUGGGUAUUUUUAUCCUGUACUGGGACACUCCUACUGUUAGAGCCAAUAACAGGAACCUCAGCUUCCCCCUCCUUGUCUCCAUCAUGUUGAGCUUCCUCUGUGUGUUUCUGUUCCUCGGUCGUCCUGAGGAUGUAACCUGCAUGCUGCGCCAAACUGCUUUUGGAGUCAUCUUCUCAGUAGCUGUGUCCUGCGUGUUGGCCAAGACCUUAAUGGUUUGCAUCGCUUUCAAAGCCACCAAACCUGGGAGUUACUGGAAAAAAUGGAUGGGAGCCAAAGUGUCCAACAUUAUAGUUCUGAUGUGUUCCUCCAUUCAGGUUUUCAUUACCAUUAUUUGGUUGGCCAUUUCUCCUCCUUUUCAGGAGCUGGACAUGCAUUCAUACAAUGAAAAGAUCAUCAUUCAGUGUAACGAGGGCUCGGUUAUCGCCUUCUACUGUGUCCUGGGUUAUUUGGGGCUUCUGGCAGCUGUUAGUUUUAUUAUAGCUUUUUUAGCCAGGACAUUACCGGACAGUUUUAAUGAGGCCAAGUACAUCACCUUCAGCAUGCUGGUGUUCUGCAGCGUUUGGAUUGCGAUGAUCCCGGCCUACCUGAGCACCAAAGGAAAAUACAUGGUGGCCGUAGAGAUUUUUGCUAUAUUGGCAUCAACUGCUGGGUUAUUAAGCUUUAUGUUUUUCCCAAAAUGUUACAUUUUG